GUCGGGUUGAGAAACGCGGCGCGGGAGGCGCGUCCCCCAGCUGCCCUCCGCGGCUCGACCACCCCACUUCCUUCCCUCCCCUCCCUUGCGCUCCGGCCUGGGGUCUCCGGGCGGGGAGCGGAGGGAAGGGACGAAGGAGGAGGAGGUUUCGCGGAGUGAGGGGCGGAGAGGGUCCCGGAGCGGGGCGAAGCGCGCGCUGCCUCUCACUCUCCUGCAGCUGCCUUUGCCUCCUCGCCCGGUGCCGCGGCCCCGGGGCGCCCGCACUAUGCAGGCGGACUGCCGGCCGCCGCGAUGGCGAGCCGGGCGGUGGUGAGAGCCGGGCACAGCCCUCAUCGUUUCCUAGUCCGGGCCGCAGCCGCCGCCCCCGCCCGGGCCGCGAUCCCCCUCUCCCGCUCCUACCCCCUCCCUCCCCGCUCCAACUACUCCUCCCCCUCCUCCUUCCCCAUGCCUCUGUUCCUCCUCCUCUUACUUAUCUUGUUCCUGCUGCUCGAGGACGCCGGAGCCCAGCAAGGUGAUGGAUGUGGACAUACUGUACUAGGCCCUGAAAGCGGAACCCUGACGUCCAUAAACUACCCACAGACCUAUCCUAACAGCACUGUUUGCGAAUGGGAGAUCCGUGUAAAGAUGGGAGAGCGAGUGCGCAUCAAAUUUGGUGACUUUGACAUUGAAGAUUCUGAUUCUUGUCACUUUAAUUACUUGAGAAUUUAUAAUGGAAUUGGAGUUAGCAGAACCGAAAUAGGCAAAUACUGUGGUCUGGGGUUGCAAAUGAACCAUUCAAUUGAAUCAAAAAGCAAUGAAAUUACAGUGCUGUUCAUGAGUGGAAUUCAUGUUUCUGGACGAGGAUUUUUGGCUUCAUACUCGGUUAUAGAUAAGCAAGAUCUAAUUACUUGUUUAGACACUGCAUCCAGUUUUUUGGAACCUGAGUUCAGCAAGUACUGCCCAGCUGGUUGUCUGCUUCCUUUUGCUGAGAUAUCUGGAACAAUCCCUCAUGGAUACAGAGAUUCCUCACCAUUGUGCAUGGCUGGUGUGCAUGCAGGCGUAGUGUCAAACAUUUUGGGUGGCCGGAUUAGUGUCGUAAUUAGUAAAGGCAUCCCGUACUAUGAAAGUUCUCUGGCUAACAACGUAACGUCUGUGGUGGGACACUUAUCUACAAGUCUUUUUACAUUUAAGACGAGUGGUUGUUAUGGAACGCUGGGCAUGGAAUCUGGUGUGAUCGCCGAUGCUCAAAUAACGGCAUCAUCUGUGCUGGAGUGGACGGACCACACAGGGCAGGAGAACAGCUGGAAACCUGAAAAGGCCAGGCUGAAAAAACCUGGACCUCCUUGGGCUGCUUUUGCCACUGAUGAAUAUCAGUGGUUACAAAUAGAUCUGAAUAAGGAAAAGAAGAUCACAGGCAUUGUAACCACCGGCUCCACCAUGGUGGAGCACAAUUACUAUGUGUCAGCCUACAGAAUUCUGUACAGUGAUGAUGGGCAGAGAUGGACUGUGUACAGAGAGCCUGGUGUGGAGCAGGAUAAGAUAUUUCAAGGAAACAAAGAUUAUCACCAGGAUGUGCGUAAUAACUUUUUGCCACCAAUUAUUGCACGUUUUAUUAGAGUGAAUCCUACCCAAUGGCAGCAGAAAAUUGCCAUGAAAGUGGAACUGCUUGGAUGUCAGUUUAUUCCUAAAGGUCGUCCUCCAAAACUUACUCAGCCUCCACCUCCUCGGAGCAGCAGUGACCUCAAAAACACUACAGCCCCUCCAAAAAUAGCCAAAGGUCGUGCCCCCAAAUUUACUCAACCACUACAACCUCGAAGUAGCAAUGAAUUUCCUGCACACACAGAGCAAACAACUGCCACUCCUGAAAUCAAAAAUACCACCAUAACUCCAAAUGUAACCAAAGAUGUAGCCUUGGCCGCCGUCCUUGUCCCUGUGCUGGUCAUGGUCCUUACCACUCUCAUUCUCAUACUAGUGUGUGCUUGGCAUUGGAGAAACAGAAAGAAAAAAGCUGAAGGCACCUAUGACUUACCUUACUGGGACCGGGCAGGUUGGUGGAAAGGAAUGAAGCAGUUUCUUCCUGCCAAAUCAGUGGAGCACGAGGAAACCCCAGUUCGCUACAGCAGUAGUGAAGUGAAUCACUUGAGCCCUAGAGAAGUCACCACGGUGCUGCAGGCUGACUCUGCAGAGUAUGCACAGCCACUUGUGGGAGGAAUUGUUGGCACGCUCCAUCAGAGAUCUACCUUUAAACCAGAGGAAGGCAAAGAAGCAGGCUAUGCUGACCUAGACCCUUACAGCUCCCCUGUGCAGGAAGUCUAUCAUGCCUAUGCUGAACCACUCCCGGUUACUGGGCCCGAGUACGCAACCCCAAUUGUCAUGGAUAUGUCCGGGCACCCCACAGCUUCGGUUGGCCUGCCCUCAGCGUCCACUUUCAAAGCUGCAGGGAACCAACCUCCCCCUCUAGUGGGAACAUACAACACUCUUCUCUCCAGGACUGACAGCUGCUCCUCAGCCCAGGCCCAGUAUGAUACACCCAAAGGUGGGAAGCCGGCUGCAAGUGCCGCGGACGAACUGGUGUACCAAGUGCCACAGAGCGCACCGGGAGCGUCGGGAGCAGGGAGGGCUGGUGAGUGUGGUGUUUUUAAGGAGAUCCUUUGAAGGUGAUGCUGCUCUCACAAAGCAUCGUUUUAAAGCACAUGGCCUUUUUAAAACUCUAUUAGUGGUAGUAAUAUAUAGAACGUAUUGCGUAUCUGUCACGGACGUGGUUGGGGGAAAUGUGAUGACCGAGGUACAGGAAACUACUAAUCUUGCCAUCUUGCUUUAAAAGUGUUACUGUAGCACAGUUACUGCUUGCCUAUUAAAUUUCAAAUAUCCUGUUUGUUACUACUGUAAAACACUAUUUUAUACAGAAAAAGCUCCCUACUAUGCACUUCAAAGAAAUUAAAAAUCACUGAGAGUAUUUAUUACCAAUGCUGCAGUUACAUUGAUGAACUCGAGAUGGCUCUGUAAGCCUUUCUGGCAAUAACGCAUGGUACUGUUAUAAAAUGUCUGAUGGCUUGAAAUUCUGCUCUUUGUGAAAGGUGGGUACUAUCGUGACUUCUUCCUCUUCUAUUCCUAUAUUGCUUUUUGAAUUUUUUUUUUAAAAUAGUGACAUAUCCUUGUUUUGAUUGCAGUCGCAUAUACUUAUCCAUCUUUCCUUAGGAAGAGCUAUAGCUGGGAAACUGACCUGUAGUGAGCAGAGUGAUUUUUCACUUUCUGACACUCUAACGAGCUUUAACAUUUCAUAGUACACAACUUGGCCUCAUCCCUGCUUGUUCCACCUGGGGCCCUUGGCGGCCAGCCCCGUUCUUGUGUUUAUAAAUGCUUGAGUUUUUUCAGUGGGUGAUGCUUGCUUUAUCAACCCCAUUAUUUCAGAUUCCCUAACGUUUCCAUGUGAAAACGGGAACAACUUUACAAAUUUAA